ACACUUCUCUUAUUGUGGAUGAAACUUGGAAUGCUGGAAUUCCUCCUUUUGGAUGAUGCAAUUAUCGCACAGUAGGUACUUGAGACAUUUUUCUAUUGGGGUUAAAUAGUGCAAUCUCUUUGUCGAUUCUGUUCUCCUGAUACUCCGUCGACUUUUCAGAAAUCAACGUCUGCAAAGUGGCGGGCGGUAAAACCCACGGUGUCGAAUUAAGUUCUUUGAACUUUUCGAUCGGGGAAUGGAUCCCCGCUCAGUCCUGCUCUGGGUUCCUUGGACUUAAGUUCCGCAUAAUAAUAAUACGUGCGCGCAGGUAGUCUUCGAGGACGGGUGAAGAAGGACGAAGAAGACGAAGAAGAGGAUGAUGAAGAAGAAGAGGAAGAAAGGAGGAGGAGUAUCGCGGGAUAAAAAUAGCACAGUACCGUCGCAAAAUAAAAACUAAUGAUGCGAACCUGCAGAAUGACGAUCCCGAGAGCCAGACUCGCCGCGUGUAAGGAGGCGGGGCAGGAGGAGAGGCACCAAGGAGCAUGCACAGAAGCGGAGGAAAAAGCACGUUGUUUAAAGAGAAGAAUAGGAUUCGCCUUUGGAGGAGGAAGAAGAGCGGCAAAAUUCUGUACUUCAGCUCGGUGUACACGGCGUCUCGAUAAAAUACCGUUGACGAUGCUCAAGAUUUUACAGAGACAGAUGUAAUGAAUUCUCGCGACAUCAUUGUAUAAAGAAGAAUGGAAGACACGGUCUUAAAAUCUUCAAAUCCUCGCGAUACUCGGCGACAAUCUUGUCGAUCAACGUAAAUUAAUAUAACAAUAAUUGUAUAACGAUCUUUCAAUCAAUCAAUCUUUUAUUCACUUUAGCUUACAGCCAGAAAGUGUAUAACGAUCUUUACAUUUGUAAGGAUUAUGCACGAUCGUUUCUUCCUGUUGCUCAUCGCAACGGGACAGGAUUUUAAUUGAGACGCGGAGUCGAGUUUAUCGAUGUAUCUUCGUGGAUCACGCGACGUCCUUGGAAAUCCUUGAAGAUGUGCGUUUCGACGAGCAUUCUCGGGAUCGCGACGUGCGCGAGAUGUUUGCGGUGCCUAAGUCAUCUUUGGGAGCCGCGCCGAGGCAGCGGCGAUGGUGGGAGCUGAGCAAGCGGUGGUUGUGCAUGCGGUGGAAGAAAUCUCCCACCCUCUCGGUGAUCGUGCGCUGGAUCACGCUACCUCGACCUGUCUCCACCUUGUAGUCCCGCCGCGGUGUACCAAGAGCACCUCCGUGUGGUAGCUCAGUUAAAAGUCGGUAUUGCCGACCAGUCGGCCAGCCAGCCAGCCGAUCAGCUAGCCAGCCAGCCAGCCAGCCAGUCAGCCUGCCAGCCAACUCGAAGAAAACAAUCCUUACGUGCACACCGUAACGUGCACAUCGGUGGCGCACAGCCGGUCUUAUAAUGGCGCGGCGCGAUGACCGUUUUGGUACGAUAAAAGUUGAGGGCAGCCUUCGGGUGUUCCUGUGCCGAUGCGAGGAGAGCUGAGGAAAAAAGAAGAGGGAGUGGAACGGGUUCUCCGGUACCAGUGUGCAGUCUAGUCCAAGACACAGGAUGAUAGCAAACGUCCGAUGAGCAUCCUGCUUCCCGUUGCCCUCCUACCAGAGCGGGAUUCGCACGGGGCCUGCGCCGCGGUAGAGAAAACCAUGUCGACGAGGAGGAAGGCGCGGAAGACGAAGAUGAUCCCGCCGGACGGCGGAUGGGGCUGGGUGGUCCUGUUCUCCGCCCUCGUCGUCAACUUUCUCAUCCCCGGCACCGUCAAGUCCUUCGGCGUGCUCUUCGUCGAGUUUCUGCACGUUUUCAAGGCUUCCUCCACCGCGGCCUCCUGGAUGCCGGCGUUAUGCUACUUUCUGUACAGCUCGUUAGGUCCUUUAUCUAGCAUCCUGUCGACCAGGUACUCGUAUAGAACGGUGACCCUCAUCGGCGGCACCUUUGCGGCCAGCGGGAUGAUGCUGAGCUACUUCGCUAAUUCGGUCACUUAUCUUUACGUCAGUUACGGCCUUAUGGUCGGGAUCGGCGCUGGAUUGUCAUUUCCACCGACGGUUUACAUCGUGACGCAAUACUUCGAGAAGCUACGUGGGGUGGCGAACGGCCUGUGCAUCUCCGGUAGCGCGAUCGGCACUAUAGUGCUACCACCGUUACUGCAAUAUCUCCUGGACUGCUUCGGAUACAGAGGGGCUGUACUCAUCAUGGGCGCGAUCACGCUGAACACGUUGGUCUGCGCCCUCCUGUACCAUCCGGUCGAGCAGCACAUGAAAGUCGUGCCCCUGGACGAGGGUAUUGAUAACGAGGCGCUGACCCUCGACGAGCCCGUCGGCGAGAAACCGGAGAGCGAAUCGGCUGAAAAAAUUGGGGAGGACGCGAAACUCGAUGACGAACCGAUACGCAAGUUCUCGGAUCUAUCGCGCAACACGGUGCUGGAGACAAUCACGGAGAAGGCGUCCGGUGGGUCUGAGAAGAAAUUUGAUUAUAAGGCGAACGACACGGUCGUGGGGCUACGGUACAGCGUUGUCAAGGACGAGGACUCGCGGAUGCAGGAAGAGAUCCCGCGGGAGAGUGCGAACGAGUUCCGUAUGACGACUCGUCCGCGCCUCGUUGAGGAAGACGAUUCGAACGCGCAGAAUUUAUCACGGCGAGACAGCGCCGUCGCCGAGAAGGACGGUAGGUCGCAAUUGGACUCCUCGAGGGCCAGGGAGAAUCCGAGGGAAGAUGGGGCGCGUGUCGAGGAGCCCAGACGGAACGAAGCGAGCUCGAAAUCGACGAGGACGGCGGAGAAGCGCGACAAGAAGGCCGAGAAGACGCCCUUCUUCGACCUAAGCGUGCUGAGGGACCCCAUUUACUUAGUGAUCCUCAUCUCCAACUCCACGUCGGCCAUCAGCAACACGAACUUCAUGAUCCUGCUGCCGUCCUACGCCAUCACCGAGGGCUUCGACAAGAACUCGUCGGCCCUGCUCCUGUCCAUCGUCUCGGCGCUGGAUCUGGUCGGCAGGAUCGGCGGCGCGUCCUUGUCCGACAUCGAUUUUAUGCCCAAGUAUUAUUACUUCGUAGGCGGACUCGGCACCAGCGGGAUCGCCCUGGCCCUGUUACCGAUGGCGACCAGCUACACCAUGCUGUCGUUCUUCUGCGGCCUCUUCGGCCUGUCGUCGGGCAUGUACAUCGGCAUCACGACGGUCAUCCUCGCGGACAUGCUGGGAACGGAGAAGCUCAGCUCGUCCUACGGGAUUUCGUUGUUCGUCAACGGCGUGUUGCAGCUGGUCGGGCCGCCCGUUUGUGGCAUCAUCUUCGAGAACGUGCUGUCGUACAAGCCGAUCUUUCUGGCCUUCGGGAUUAUCCUGAUUUUGGGCACCGCGCUCUGGGCGGUGGUACCGCUCAUCAACAGGAACAGUAAAAAGGAUGUGGAAGCGAUAUAGGAUUCGCAUAGGCAACGCGUUCGACCAAGGUUCCUCGGCGAAUCGAUUCAAAAGCGCUCUACGCAAAAGACUUUAUGUAUUACAAUCGCAAAUUAGGUUCUUAGACACUUUUAAACUGUGGAGCAACGAACACUCGAAUCGUUGUAUAUUUCUAGGCGAAUUUGACACUUGUGUUUCUCACGAUAUUUGUGCUCUAGGAAGGAAAUCUGGGAUAGCUCGUACAACUUUUUUUUAAAUAUUAGACGUAAAAUAUCGAGCUUUGUAUCCACGAAUCCAGCACGACCGUGCAUAUAGUUACCUGCGUAGCAGGUAUUUAGCGUUUUUUACGAUUCGUGCCAUUAUUGCUACAUAAGAUACAUAAACCGUCGGGCAACGUAAGGCUUGAAUAAACUGAAUAGCUGUCAUUGGGGAUAGAACAAUUUUGUAAAGAUAAUUUUUGCGAAAUGUCGGUCGACAAGCUGUAGCUUAAGAUGGAAGGAAUAUCUAAGGAGUUCACAAGUAUUCAUUAACAGAAUAGGAGGUAUUGUGUACAUUAGCAAUAAAUUUUGUACCGUCCCGAAAUGUGAAUUUCGUAGAGAAUAUUUUUGCAAUAACAUGAUGUCAAUAUUUUUAUAGCGUUUAUCUUCUAGUUUUUACGCGAGCCUUUUUGGAACGUGCAAACGUCAAGCUGUUACUGCUUGAUUUCGUAGCCUAUUAACAUAAGUUUAUAAUUGUUAAAAAUAAUUUCUACUGCCAGUAACAAAAUAGUAUCAUUGACAAAGAUCUAUGAACUCAUCGAAUAAAAAUUACAAACGUUAGACGACGGCGUAGAUAAGAACAUACGUGUAUGUAUUACAGGAGUUCCGUUAGACGACUUUGUGCCAAAGUGAUCAGGAAUAGUUCGAAUCACAUUCAGUUAGAAACAUUUAGCUAAUUAAAUCAUAUAACGGCAAUGGAUAUUCGAUUAUACUAAAUGUUGAAUAGUCGGAAAUACGUAAUGAUAUAAUAUAAUUAGGUAGUUAAAUCAUGAGGACCAUAACGUAAUUAAUGACACGAUUUAACAGUUCUUAAUAUUCCUUAUGUAUUUGAACGAACGUUUCUUUUUUCUUCUCUCUUUCUUUUUCUAUUAAUUCUUUUUAUCUCCGUAAUCUUAAUUGAAACGACGAGAGAACUGAAAAUAAUUUCAGAAGACUUUUAUUAUCUUCAUAAACAACAUAGAAGAUAUCGAUGCUGUAAUAUACAGGGAAUAUGCAAGAUAAAGAAAUUUUUUAAAUAAAAUUAGUAAUAAAUAGCUUUUUUAUCUGAUUUUAUUGUAGCGUUAGGUUUUUAACUUAGUUCUACGAUUUUUCUGACACAGGUUAUGUGUAUGCGAAUAUGACGAAAAAGAAGGAUAUAUUGAAUGACACCUUUCGUAAUUUUUUUUCUUUGAAUUUGGGUAAUGUUGAGAUUACUUACGUAAAGCUAUAUGCAAAAUAUAUUUCUGUACAUAUCUGUGCGUGUCUUUUGCUCAAUUCUCUUGCUUUGUUGAAGAUACAUAAUCACAAUUUUCGACUGUA